AUGCACAUCUCAAUCAACCUCGACCCAAUGCCAAAUCACCCAGACCCAGGCCUAGCUCCAGGCCUAGACCCAUCCCUCGAAACAGAGCGACACGCCCAGGCCCCGGCCUCGCCCAUCCCAACUCCACCACCACCACCACCAACCGCCCAAAAAUACUACUACUUCGCCUACGGCUCCAACCUGUCACCCACUCAGAUGGCAGCACGCUGUAACCAAAACCCCAGCUCCAGCGAGCCUCUCGCAAUAGCCACGCUUCCCCAUUGGCGCUGGCUCAUAUGCGAAGCAGGCUACGCUAACGUCCUACCCCCUCCCGGUCUCCGGGUACCGAAUCAGGACUCCGAGCCGGCGCAUGAAAUUCCUGUUUCGGGAUCUGAGGAUACGGUGUAUGGGCUUCUUUAUGAGAUGGAUUUGCGUGAUGAGAAGCUUCUCGAUGGGUAUGAGGGUAUUGAUACGCAUGCGAAAGAUGCCGAUGGUGAGUUCGUGGACGUCGAUGUGAGACCUAAGGAGCAAGGGAAGGGAAGUUACAAUAAGUGGUUUGUCGAGGCGAACGUGGUCAAUUGGCUCGAUGGGCGCGAGGAUCAGGCGCGGGUGAAGGCUUUGGUUUAUGUUGAUGAGCAGUGUGUUUCGCUUUCCGAGCCUAAGUUUGAAUACAUUGCGCGGAUGAAUCGGGGUAUUCGGGAGUCUGUUGAGUUGGGGGUGUCGCAGCGGUGGGUGGAUGAGGUUAUCAGGAAGUUCAUUCCUGAAGAUGCGUGA